AAGGCGGCGAAAGAUCACAGCAGGAAGUGGCUCCGGAACCCUGCAGCUGGGAUAUCUGCAUAAUAAUAAUAAUAAUAAUAAUAAUAAUAAUCUUCUGAGGAGACGUGAACAAACCUGGAGGUGGGCUCGUUCGUCAGAAAUGAGUCUGGGUCCCGUCGUGUCCUGUGUCCUCUGUAAACGCUCCGAGGAGACGACGACCACCGGAGCUUUAUCUAUCAAAGAUGAAGUCGCUGCUCAUCAGAACUGUUUGUUGUUUUCCUCGGGUAUUUAUUGUCGGGAUUCCCCUCUGUUUGACGACCUGUUCGGUUUCUCCGUGGAGGAUGUGCUGAAGGAGGUCACACGAGGAAGAAAACUGCGAUGCAGCAAAUGUAAGACAAAGGGCGCCACUGCCGGGUGUGAGGUCAAAAGCUGCAAGAGGUCCUACCACUACCCCUGUGCUGUUCAGGAGGGGGCGAAGGACAUCGAAGAUCAGGUCAAAGGGAGUUAUGGGUUGUACUGCUUCCAGCACCAACAGCCACAAAACACACAAAGCAAUGGUUUGGUAAAGGGGAUCAACUCUAACUCAUCAGAACCUGGAACCUCCAACAAUCCCAGUGGAGCUGGAUCAACUAAGGUUCACUGUCUCACCUGUGAGAAGAAAGAAGGAAACAUCAGUCUGGAUAGUUUGUCUCACGCCAUCGAUAUGUGCUAUUGUGACAAACACGCUCCUUCGUCACAUAAGAGGAACGGUGAUGACGAUUCUCCGGCAGCCGGACCGUUUGUUUCCAGCAGCAACUCGAAAUCGCCCUGCGGUCCGAGACCAUUGCCUGUCAAGAGACGGUUGAGUCUAGACGAGCUGGAGGAGAGCCACUCGAAACGUAAAUGUAAAGGCCAGACGUUCAAAAUAACUGAAAAUUCUUCAGACUCAGAUAUGGAUUUGUUUGCCCCUUUAGAGUCAGACAUAGAUGAAAGUGCCAAUUCUGUUCCAGAGCAGCAAUUUGUCAGAAAAGACGGUCCCUCACAGUCUCCCUCAGGAAAUCCCCUGGAGGAUGAGAACAGCAGGAGAAUUACAGAUGAAGAUGACUCAACCAUGGAUUCAGAUGAUUCGGAGAGUCUGCUGUUUCCUGUCCAAAUCUGCAUGUCACUUUCACAGAGUUCUGAACUCACUCCUCCAGCGGUGGUAGUGAAAUGUCCCCAAGUGGUUAAUGAGGAGGAGGAGGUGGAGGAGGAGGGAAAGAAAGAUGAAGGGUCCAGUCCUGAUCAACACACCGCUGGACCCUCCGUCCCACAGCAAAGCUCCACUGGUUCCCCUCCCUCUGCUGACCAAUCCAAACCCCUCAGUCCUCCUGGCUCCCCUCCCUGCACCAGCUCGUCCAUUCCCAAGGCUCCACCUGAAACCAUCUGCGUCUCCUCUCCACCGCAUCCUGUGGAGCCUCCCUCUGACCCGGAGCCCAGCAUCGACUCCCAGAGCUUCUGGAAAGGCUGCAACGCUGCAGGAUGCACACAGGCCAUAUUCACAGAUUUCAUUAAUGAGAUGAAUGAUAUUGCCGGCAGAAUUCAGUCGGACCAGGCCAGUGAGGGCGAUUGCAAUCAUGCGCUAAAAGUGAUGGCGGCUUCUGGGAAGCUGGAGGAGAUUGUGGCCAAGCAGCAGAAAGAGUUACAACGGAAACAGAAGGAGCUGAUGAAGGCAGCAGCCGCCAUGAAACAGGUCAUCUCAGCACUGAGGAGAUGAGGCCGUCCGCUUACUUAAACUUUUACUUCUUUUGCAUUUAAAAUUAUGAACAUUGAUAUUUUUUAAAUUUUGUAUUAACUGUAUUUAUAGUUUUAUUGAUUUUCCUUAAAAAAUGAAAACUGAACAUGUAGAAUUGAAAGCUAUUAAAUAUCGAAACCAGUAAACUGAACGUAGCUCGUCUGAAAGAGAUGUUACUAAUGAUUUUUUGAAUAAUGUUUGUUCUGAAGUUUGUACAAUUAUGUUUAACUGAGAUGUUGUAUCACUCGCUUUUUCAUAACCUAUUUGAGGAGAUUUUACUGUAGAUAUACUGACCCACAAUAAUUAUUUGAUCAUGUCUGGAUUUUAUUUCUGUAUUGGGUUUUAUGUAGAUCUGUGUAUUUGUGAAUAUCUCACAACCUGGUUCAAAAAGGUACUUGUAUCUACAUCACUCAUUUAUACAAUUUAAACCAAACUAGUGAAAAACAGAGAAAAGCUUCAAUAAUGUGGAAGUUUACAGCCAAGUAUUUAGCUUUGUUUGUGUUAAUUUUCUGUAUCCAGUUUGCACAGUUGAGUCCAGAUGUCUGGUUUGUUUGCAUGAAGGAUGAAAGAGGAAUUUGUCUUUAGCCUGGAACAAAUUUCUUCUUAGAACUGUUACACACUUAAACUGAUAAAUGAUAUCAUGAAAGUGAAA